AUGCUCGUUAUGGGAAGGUGCCGUUUACCCCAUCUCCUGGUUCUUCUUGCGUUUGUGUUCAGUGGAGAGAAAAGCCAGGCGCAAAGAGCAGGUUGCAAGAACGUACACUAUGACCUUGUUUUCAUCUUGGAUGCCUCCUCCAGUGUUGGAAAAGAAGAUUUUGAGAAGGUUCGACAGUGGGUGUCUAAUUUGGUGGAAACUUUUGAGAUUGGCCCAGAUAAAACCCAUGUAGGUGUGGUGCGGUACAGUGAUCGGCCAACCACGGAGUUUGACCUAGGAAGGUACAAAACUCGUCAGGAAAUUAAAGAAGCUGCCCAAAAAAUUAAGUAUUAUGGGGGUAACACAAACACUGGAGAUGCUCUCAGGUACAUCAACAGUUACAGUUUUUCCAAAGAAGCAGGUGGGAGACUUAGUGACCAAACUGUUAAAAAGGUGGCUAUCCUUCUGACGGAUGGAAGAAGCCAGGAUUAUGUCUUAGAUGCAGCCACCGCAGCCCAUCAGGCUGGGAUUAGGAUUUUUGCUGUGGGUGUUGGUGAAGCCUUAAAAGAGGAACUGGAUGAAAUUGCUUCAGAACCCAAGUCUGCUCAUGUGUUUCAUGUUUCUGAUUACAACGCCAUUGAUAAAAUUCGGGGGAAGUUGAGAAGACGUCUUUGUGAAAAUGUUCUGUGUCCAAAUGUCCAUGUGGAAGGAGACCGAUUCAAACACACCACUGGAGGGACUGAUGAGAUUCCAGGAUUUGACCUGAUGGAUUCGUUCAGUGUGAGACAAAUUUUUGGAAUGAAAGAAAGAGGAAUUCAGAGCUCUUACGUGCGACUUGGAAGCUUCCCCAUUGUUCAGAAAACUGAGGAUGUGUUCCCACAAGGUCUGCCUGAUGAAUAUGCCUUUGUAACUACCUUCAAAUUCCGAAAGGCUUCCAGGAGAGAAGACUGGUAUAUUUGGCAAAUUAUUGACAAGUACGGCAUACCACAGGUCUCGAUCCGACUGGAUGGGGAGAACAAGGCAGUAGAGUACAAUGCCGUAGGGCUCACCAAGGAUGCUGUGAGGGUGGUCUUUCGAAGCACUCGAGUCAGUGAUCUUUUUGACCGCAGCUGGCAUAAAAUCGCCCUCAGCAUUCAGUCAGAUGCUGUCACCCUUUACAUAGAUUGCAGACUGGUGCAGACACUGCCUAUAGAAGACAGGGAAAAUAUCGACAUUCAAGGAAAGACUGUGAUUGGCAAACGCUUGUAUGAUAGCGUUCCCAUUGACUUUGAUCUGCAGCGGAUGGUUAUUUACUGUGAUUCUCGACAUGCUGAGCUGGAAACCUGCUGUGACAUUCCCUCUGGACCAUGCCAGGUCACGGUCCUGACAGAAGCACCACCCCUUGAAGUGAAGCCCACUGUUGGCAAUGAACAAGUUGGCCACCUCAAGACUGUCAAUUGCUCCUGUCCAGCUGGAGAAAAGGGAGAGAGGGGCCAAGUUGGUCCUGAAGGUCCUAGAGGUCAAAAGGGAGAAAGUGGCAGCCAAGGACUUCCUGGGCUCCGAGGAGAAAAAGGAGAGUCAGGCAGAGCUUAUGGCAGAGGAGAAAAAGGAGAAAAGGGGUCCCUGGGCUCACCCGGUCCCCCUGGGAAGGAUGGAGCAAAAGGAGAAACCGGUGAACCAGGACAGCCAGGAGAAUUUGGACUGCCUGGACCGGCAGGUCCAAAGGGAUCUGAAGGAAAACAAGGUCCUCCAGGAAUUAAAGGCUAUGUAGGAGCACCGGGUCUACAAGGAGAAAGAGGAGAAAAGGGAACACGUGGAGAUAAGGGAGAAAAAGGCCUAGAUGGGUUCCCUGGAAAGCCAGGCAUGGAAGGGAAACAGGGCCCUGCUGGCAGCCCAGGCCCUCCAGGUGCCAGUGGAAUCAAAGGAGAAAAGGUGAGCAGGAAAGGGGGUGAACCAGGGCUUCCAGGACUGCCAGGCACUUCUGUACACACUGAAGGCAUAAAAGGACAGCAGGGAGAGCCUGGCCCACGUGGACCACCAGGUCAACCUGGACUUCCUGGACCACCAGGAAUGGCUGGUCCAGAAGGCAAGCCUGGAGUCCCUGGUUUACCGGGUCAACGGGGUAAGAAGGGAGAACCUGGAUUCCCAGGAAUCAAUGGUCUGAUUGGACCUCAGGGACCUCCAGGGCCCCCUGGCAUUGCUGGGCCUCCUGGACCUCCUGGAGCAUCUGGCCUGCCUGGAGAGAUUGGUGUUGCUGGCAAAACUGGACCUCCAGGACCAGCUGGAUUGCCUGGCAAAGAUGGACUAAAUGGUCUUCCUGGACUUCCAGGUCAAAAGGGAGAACAAGGAGAAAAGGGUGAAGAAGGCUUUCCUGGAAAAGCUGGCCCCAAGGGUGAACCAGGGAGUCGUGGCCAAACUGGCGAACAGGGUGAAGCAGGCCUUCCUGGCCCUCAAGGUUCACCUGGACUGAGAGGACAGAAGGGAGAUCAGGGAGAAAAAGGAAAAGAUGGCCUCCCUGGAUUUAAAGGUGAACGAGGAGAAAAGGGUGACAUGGGUUCCCCUGGACCACCAGGCUUACCUGGAACAACAGCCUUCUUUACCCCACACCCCAGAAUUCCUGGUGAACCUGGACCAAAAGGGGAGAAAGGAGAUCGAGGAAUGAGCGGAGAGCCUGGAUUACCUGGGGUCCCAGGUGAACAGGGAGUCCCAGGACUUGCAGGACUUGAGGGUUCAAAGGGGCAGAAAGGAGCCCGAGGAGAAGCUGGAGCCCCUGGAGAGACUGGUGCAGCUGGACCAGCAGGACCCCCAGGUCUAAGAGGCUUGCCAGGAAACGUGGGAGCACCUGGAGACCCUGGACUUCCAGGAAAGGAUGGAGAAAAGGGGGAAAAGGGUGAUCCAGGAACAGAAGGAAAACCAGGUGUACCUGGCCCAGCUGGUCAGCCAGGGCCUGCUGGAGAACCUGGUUUACCUGGCAAGGGUAAAGAUGGACAACAGGGAGAAAGAGGGCCACCAGGCUUGCCAGGACCCUUUGGACAUAAGGGUGAAAGAGGAGCUCCUGGCCUCCCUGGGCAGCCAGGAGAUAGAGGUGUACCAGGAAUCGGGUUGGCUGGACCCCCUGGCCCUGUAGGACCCCCAGGAGACAAAGGGUCAUUGGGUCUGCGAGGUGUACCUGGUAUCCCUGGGCCACAGGGGCCUCCUGGUCAUGAUGGUCUUCCUGGAAAUCCGGGAGAAAGAGGACCUCCUGGAAAACCAGGUUCCUCUCCCCUGCUCUCUCCAGAGGACAUCAAUCUCUUAGUGAAGGAUGUGUGCAGUGACUGUCCCCCUGGCCCGCCAGGACUACCCGGAAUUCCAGGUUUCAAAGGUGAUAAAGGUCUCCGAGGACCACCGGGUAGAGAUGGCCAGGAUGGCAAAAUGGGGAUUGCUGGUCCCAGAGGUCCUGCAGGCCCACCUGGACUGGAUGGUGCAAAGGGUGUUAAAGGAGACCGUGGUGCAACUGGAGAUGUGGGAGAAAAAGGAGAGCAGGGUCAUCCUGGAAUGCCAGGCUUUGCAGGACUUCCUGGAAAUCCUGGUCCACCUGGACCAGAUGGGGCUCCUGGAUCAAUUGGACCAGCAGGAAAUCCAGGAGAUAUAGGUAAAGAUGGCCCUCCAGGUCCACAGGGACCACCAGGUGUGCCUGGACUUCCAGGCAUUGCUGGAAAUGACGGCAAAGAUGGCAAGCCGGGAUCUCUUGGGGAACCGGGAAAGCCUGGAGAACCAGGACUUCCUGGCCAGGAGGGUGCCAGAGGUUUACCGGGUUUCAAAGGACAAAGAGGAGAUACAGGUCCCCCAGGUCCCCAGGGGGAACCAGGUGCGACAGGUCCUGCUGGGCGUGAAGGGCCACCAGGGAAAGAUGGUGAUACUGGUCCUGUAGGACCACAGGGUCCUCGAGGACUCAGAGGGCCGCCGGGCAAGAAUGGAUUGCCUGGCCCUGUGGGAGAGCCUGGCCCUGCUGGUAACCCAGGUCCAAAAGGAAAUAAAGGAGAAAAUGGCAGCCCAGGACUCCCUGGUUUUGUAGGACCCCGAGGACCACCUGGAGAACCAGGAGAGAAGGGUCCUCCAGGAAAAGAGGGCGUACCAGGGAAACCAGGCGAAACUGGCUCCAGAGGAGAGAGGGGACAGCCUGGCAUUAAGGGUGAAAAAGGCUCUCCAGGAGAAAAGGGCCCUCCAGGUGAUCCAGGAAUACCUGGUCACAAAGGCCAUCCGGGACUGAUGGGUCCUCAUGGACCUCCAGGAGACAAUGGACAAGUGGGACCUCCAGGUCCCCCAGGACAGCCAGGAUUUCCUGGACCCCGGGGGGAACCGCCAUCUCUGGAGACUUUGAGGAGGCUAAUCCAAGAGGAGUUAGCAAAGCAGCUAGAUGCAAAGUUAGCCUAUCUCUUGGCUGAAAUGCAGCCUGCACAUGUAAAAGCAUCCCAUGGUAGACCAGGACCUCCAGGUCCUCCUGGAAAGGAAGGACUCCCAGGAAGAGCUGGUCCUCCAGGAGAGCCUGGCCGACCUGGACAGACUGGGUCUGAAGGGCCACCUGGACCGAUUGGUCCCAAAGGAGAAAGAGGAGCGAAGGGUGAGAAGGGAGAUACUGGUGUUGGUCAACGAGGUGAAAUAGGUCCUCCGGGAAUUCCAGGCCUCCCAGGGGAGCCUGGCUAUGCCAAAGAUGGGAUGCCAGGACYACCUGGCCCUCAAGGCGAAGCUGGGUUGCCUGGUCUCAUGGGCCCACAGGGACCUCCAGGAGCCAAUGGACAGUGUGACCCUUCUCAGUGUGCCUACUAUGCAAGUCUUGCUGCCAGGCCUGGCAAUGUCAAAGGGCCCUAGUGUGGGCUGUCUCCCCAGACUUGUUUUUAAAACUUGAAUUCAACAAGCCUGCUAAGAGCUGUCAGAUAUCUUCGUCUUCCUCGGGAGGUCUUUUAGGCAAUUAAAGCCAACAAAUGCUGCCGGUCGGUCAAAUUAUUUUUAUUAUUAUUAUUAUUAUCUUUGAUGUGACAUGUAGCUUUGUUUUUGUUUUCUCUAACAUCAGGGCAUAUUAAAGCAU